UACCUCCAGGCGGAACCCGGGCGUGCGGGGCUCCUGCAACCCAAACACCCGGUGUGAAAGGAAGGUGGCCCCGGCGGGGCGGGGCGCAUGCGCGGCAGCUCCCCCUGGGGAAGGGCUGAGAGGCGGAGCGGGGCGGCCAGCUGUGAGCCGAGCGGAGCAGGGUCAGGAUGGACGAAGACGUGCUGACCACCCUGAAGAUCCUCAUCAUCGGCGAGAGUGGCGUGGGCAAGUCCAGCCUGCUCUUGAGGUUCACAGAUGAUACUUUUGAUCCAGAGCUUGCAGCAACAAUAGGUGUUGACUUUAAGGUGAAAACAAUUUCAGUGGAUGGAAAUAAGGCUAAACUUGCAAUAUGGGAUACUGCUGGUCAAGAAAGGUUCAGAACAUUAACUCCCAGCUAUUAUAGAGGUGCACAGGGUGUUAUAUUAGUUUAUGAUGUCACAAGAAGAGACACCUUUGUUAAACUGGAUAAUUGGUUAAAUGAGUUGGAAACGUACUGCACGAGAAAUGACAUAGUAAACAUGCUAGUUGGAAAUAAAAUUGAUAAGGAAAAUCGUGAAGUUGACAGAAAUGAAGGCCUGAAGUUUGCACGGAAGCAUUCCAUGUUAUUUAUAGAGGCAAGUGCAAAAACCUGUGAUGGCGUACAGUGUGCUUUUGAGGAACUUGUUGAAAAGAUCAUUCAGACGCCUGGACUGUGGGAAAGUGAGAACCAGAAUAAAGGAGUCAAACUGACACACAGGGAAGAAGGGCAAGGGGGAGGGCCCUGUGGUGGUUACUGCUCUGUGUUAUGAACUCUGGGGAGCUCCAUCUCUUGCAUAUUUGAUCGGAUAACAUCAUCUUUCUGUAUAUAAACUCUUCAACUGCUAUUUUAGGGUCCUUGCAGUUUGCACAUAUUUGUUUUGUAUCAUGGCAGUAAAUACUUGCGAGAAAUCCCACUUAUCGACUGUUUCCAGGUAAAACAUUAUGGUAAGCAUGCAUAGUUUGCAAUCUGCAGUUUUUUAUGUAACAUAAAAUAGGUGUACCUUUAUAAGUACAUUUGAUUUUAUGAUUUACAUUCAUCAUGUGAUUUUUUAAAAAUCCACUUAUCUAGUGUAUGUUGAUACAAGGUCUAUUUCUGGUGUCCUUUUCAUUUAAAUACUCAUCAAUUACUGAAUUAAUUGGUAUGUAGAACUCCUAGGACCACUGAGAGACAUACAGGUAUCAUCAAACCUGGCAAAUUUCCCUUCAGAAAUAACAAAGAGCAUGAUUCCAUAACUUUUCUAGGAUGUUUGCUGAUGGAUUCUCUUUUAGUACUAAGCAAAUUUCUCUUUACAGGAUGUAGUCCAGGCCAAUUUAUAAUUAAAUCUCUGUUUGUUCUGAUGAUGCUUCUAAAAUAGCAUCGAUAUGUUAAAGAAGUUUGGUCUUUUAAUUUAGUUCACAAGUAGCUCAGCUGCUUAACUGGAGUUUUAAUUCUGUGAUAUGUACAUGGGAUUCAUGACCCUUUGUGCAGCAUUUUUGCUUAUGUGGUAUUUGACAGGAUGGCAAUAAGGUUUCCCCCCAUUUUGUUUUCAGAAGGACAGGAAUGGUGUGUUUACGUAACUCAUGUAGUACUUUGACCACUUUUAGAAACAACACCUUUUUCCAUAAAUGUUGGUGGCGUUUGUGCAAGCACUUCAGUCGUAGCUUGUGUAAUGUUAAUGAAUAUCUGUAUCUUAUGACUUCCAUAAAUGGCUAGUUGAUACUCAAAAGCCUACUUCUGUGUUUUGAGGGUUGGGGGAAAAGACACUAAAUUAUAAUUUGAGAAAGGCAUAUUGCUUCCAGAUUUUGAUGUGUGUGGGAAAAUACUGUUGCAAUGAAAAUCUUGGUAAUUUACUGUAACAAGUAGCCAAUAGUUUAUCAAAACCAACUUGUACAGACUAAUAAAUCUUUUCCACAGUAUUCAGUUUUCUAACCUCUUGCUGUUGUACACUGUAUAUUUUUUCACUCAUAUAUUUAAUUUACAUUGAUCUCUGCUAUUUUAAGCCUCCAGAUAAGUAAUUUGUCCUUUCAGGCAGGUUACUCUAAUACCCCUCAGUAAGAUUAAUAAGAAAUAUUAAUUUCUAGGCAGCUUGUUCUCUGUAUACAGGUGCAAAUGAUAAACAUUUUUGUGGGUCACCUUUGCAAUAUAUGUGAUAAUGGGCUGAAAUGUACAUCUUCACAUAAGAAAACCUUACAUUCUACGUGGUUCACACUUGUUAGACUAUAUUACAUUUGAUUAAAGGUUUUCUGCAUUAUGUAUGUUUUUACUAAAUAUGAAACAUAUACUACUUUAAUGUUGGAGAAAGAUAGCUAACACAUGUACUUAACGACUUCUUGUUACAUUAAAACUGUAGAUUUGUAUAUUUAUGUAGUUUCUGUAUUGACAUUUCUGUUUAUUGCUUUUUGCUCCUUGAACUAUAUAAUACUCUUUCUGUGCAUUGGAUUGUCUUGAUUUGGUCAGAAUUUGGAUACAUAUGAGUCACUUAACUUUUAACAACUAAUUUUGUUUGAUUUAUAUUGUAACCUUUAUAGUUUUUAAAUAAAUAUAGCCUGCUUUCCCUAGAUGCAUUUGUGCAGGAAGUAUUAUACAUUUCCCUAUUACUCUCAUCAGCUGAGGAAGUCCUGAAUACAGUGUUAUUCACAUUGUCACUAUUUUGUUGCAAGCUUCUUGUUUCAUAGUGUAGGUUUUCUAAGUGAAGUAGUAGUGAUAUCUAAAAUUAGUCACUUAACAGGAUUUUGUCAGUUCUUCAUUUCUCAGUCAUUUGUAGUAGUUUUAAAGUGCCUUUUGCAGAUGGAGAAAAUCAGAACAAUUAGAAUAUAGUGUUUUGAGUCUGGGAGUACUGAGAUAGCCCUAAACAAAAAAAUAACUUCAAUUUAUAUUAACAGUAAUAGUUAACAUUUAUUGAAAGCUUACUGGGUGUCAGGUCCAGUUCUAAGUGCUGGAUUAUGUCAUUAAACCUCACAGCAACCUUAAGAGAUUGGUUGGUACUGCCAUUAUGCCCAUUUUAAAGAUGAGGAUAAUGAAACAUAGAUAGGUUAAGUAACUUCCCAAAGAUCACAGAGCUAGUCAGUGAUGGAGCUGGAUUCCAGUCAAGGCAUUUUCACUCCUGAGUCCAUACUCUUAACCACCGCUCCCUCUGCUACGGCUAGUUUUUGUUUUAACAUAGCAGGUUUAUCACUCUUUUGUUAUGUGUAAUAGAAGAUUUUCAGGAUUUUUGGUUAUAGAGUAAAUGCCAUUGAUGUAAACCAACUGUGUAAAUCAUUUGACCUAGAAGUUAAGGUAGUAGAGUAGGUGGUCUCUUAGUGAAAAUCUUUGACUUAGUAAAGGUACAAAAUCAGGAGACUUAGGGCACCUUAAUUUCCUAUUUGUAAUUGGAUAUGGGAAAAGUUAUUAAAUCUGGGAACAGCCUUUCAGCUCAAAAUUGAAAUCUAGGGGAUGUUUUCAUUUCAAGUACUCAGUUGCCAUCUAUAAAUUCACACUUGGCUUUCUAACUGAAUACAGUGAAAUUGGACUUGAUUUUGAUUCAUUGUAAUUUGCAUACUUGAAAUAUACAUGAUUACAUGAUUCUGUUUUAAGUGUGGGAUAGCACAAACCUACCUCAUAUCUAUAAUGUCUUUAAAUACAGUUUAAUAUAUAUUUUUUCUAACUGAUUUUCAAGUGAACUGGGAUAAUCCUCCAGAUCCAACAGCUUGUAGGUCUUUUCAGUAUUCAAGCAUUAUGCUUCUAUAUUUUGGGGUCCAUUUCAUCAGUCAUACUUAUGAAGUUUUUGCGUCCUUCAUUUAUUUUCCCUUGUUAGAGAUAGGAAUAAAAGCAUUUAAUCAGUUUUAGAAGAUAUACUAGUUCUGACCCCAGCUAUGCUGAGGGUAAUCAACUAUAGAUUUCAUCUUGGGUUUUGUCUGGAAAUGUUGAAGGAAGAGAACAGAAAGAAAUAAGCUGAGUCAACACUUGGAGCUAAGGAAUAUAGAUUUACCCAGGAAUCUCCGUUUUUAUUUUUUAUUAUCAUUUUUAAUGGGAACAUCUAUCAGGUUGGAGGAAAAGAAACAUGCUCAACUUCUGUUACAUUAUGGGCUUUAAAUUUUACUGUUUGUUGCUAGCUUUUUGUUUCAUAUUUAGGAAUCAGUGACAUUUCUGAUAGUGGUAUAAAGUUUGCUUUAGUGCCUCUUAGUUACAACUGUUUUGUCACAAACGUUUCCAAUAGUACUGUGAGCUUCUGUUCUCACAGGAGCUGCCCCCUCACCAUCUCUCUCUCACACACAAAAGCAAUGUUUCUUUUUCUUUUAUUAACCUGAUAAACAAUAAACUAUGUAAUUUUAUUUCUUUGAUUACUAGUGUGGUUGGGCACUUUUAAUAUUUUAUUGGAUAUUUGUAUUAUUUUCUUUUAUUCCUUGUUCCUGUUAUGUUGUGCUUGCCCAUUUGGCAUCCACCACCCACUUUUUCUUUGGAUAACUGCCCUGCAUCAUCACACAUGCAGUUUGGAUGGGAUUGUCGCACCUUCAGCUCUGGAGCUGACGUGGUUAUCUUUAACCAGUGCCACUUCCCCCCAAGUCCCCACAGUAAAUGGUUCAGAUGAGGCUACUUAGUUAUAAGAUGUUUGCUGAGGCUUCCUCAGGAACUGCAGAAGAAGACACUUUCUUGGAGAUGUGGUGUGAUAAUUCUGAACUUGCUGCAGCCAGCUUUUCUGUUUAAAGGAGCCAGCCUGAGGGUGGUACUAAGAAAAUAAAAGUGUGUCCAAGUUGGACCCUUGAUGCAAUCUGGAGCCCCUGGAUCAAACUGGACCUGAAGUUAGCUACACUUCUGGACUUUUCACUUAUGUGAGCCAAUGAAUUCCCUUUUGGUUUAA